AUGGAGCUCGAUUUGGAACCUACUUUAAAACCAUUAAUUGAGCAGGAUACUUUGAAGUGGAUCUUUGUUGGUGGUAAGGGUGGUGUUGGUAAAACCACUACCUCUUCAUCCAUUGCUGUGCAAUUAGCCUUGCAACACCCAGAAUCCGAAUUUCUUCUUAUAUCCACCGAUCCAGCACAUAACUUGUCUGAUGCCUUUUGUCAGAAAUUUGGCAAAGAAGCAAGGAAGGUUGAAGGUUUAUCCAAUCUUUCUUGUAUGGAGAUUGACCCCGAGGCUGCAAUGAGUGAUUUGCAACAACAGGCACAGCAAUACAACAAUGAUCCAAACGAUCCAUUAAAGAGUAUAAUGAGUGAUAUGACUGGUUCCAUUCCAGGUAUUGAUGAAGCAUUAUCGUUUAUGGAAGUUUUAAAACAUAUCAAGAAUCAAAAAGUGAAUGAAAAUGAUAGCAAGGACAAGAUCUCAUACAGAACAAUCAUUUUUGAUACUGCUCCAACGGGACACACAUUAAGGUUUUUGCAAUUGCCAUCUACUUUACAGAAGUUAUUAGGUAAAUUCCAACAAUUGUCAGGCAAAUUGGGACCAAUGAUGAGUAUGUUGGGAGGCGGCGCAGGUGGUCAACAAGAUAUGUUUGAAAAACUAAAUGAGGUGCAGAAAAACGUUGCAGAAGUCAAUGAGCAAUUCACCGAUCCAGAAUUGACAACGUUUGUCUGUGUUUGUAUCUCGGAAUUUUUGUCGUUAUAUGAAACAGAAAGAAUGAUCCAGGAGCUAAUGUCUUACAAGAUGGAUGUAAACUCGAUUGUUGUCAACCAACUAUUAUUUGCUGAUGACGACGAGAACCCAUGCCUGAGAUGUGUCAGUAGAUGGAAGAUGCAAAAGAAAUAUUUGGACCAGAUGGCGGAGCUUUAUGAAGAUUACCAUUUGGUGAAGAUGCCAUUAUUGGGUACAGAAAUUCGUGGAGUAGAAAACUUGAAAAAAUUUUCAAAAUUCUUGAUGGUGCCAUAUGAUCCUAAGAAGGACCGUGGCCUUAUUACUGAAAUGAAAGAGCAAUGA